GGGAUAGCAACUGGACAGUUCAGGCAGCAAGUCUAGAAGACAUUGGCAGACCUGUGGAGAGCUGGCUCCACUGCCAAGGAACCAAGGAGGCUUGGUGCUCUGAUCUGAUGGAUCAGCUGAUGCAGUAUUGCAGAUGCCUCAGGUGGGGCUGAGAAGUUCUUUGGGGAAGUUUGGCCCUGCAGCAGAGCCUGACUCUUUCAUGCAUACAGAUGAGGGACUCUUCCAGGCAGUUGGUGAAGGGUUUCCAGCCAGGCUGAGCUUUUGAGAUGUUCACAGUGGAAUUACAUGAAGAGCAGAGCAUCAGCCCGUGAAAACAAAAGGGAGCUGUGAGAGUAAAGAAGAUCCAAAGGCCCGUGACGGAGGGUUAGACCGAACCGGUGGAGUCAUGCUUCACACAGCUGUAUCUUGCUGGCAGCCAUUCCUAGGUUUGGCUGUGCUGCUAGUCUUCACGGGCCCCACUUUUGGCUGCCCAGCCCGCUGUGAAUGCUCAGCACAGAACAAGUCCGUGAACUGCCACCGGAGGCGCCUGUUGUCCAUUCCAGAGGGCAUUCCCAUUGAAACCAAAAUCUUGAACCUCAGCAAGAACAGACUGAAGAGCGUCAACCCCGAAGAAUUUAUGUCGUACCCCUUGCUGGAGGAGAUUGACCUCAGUGACAAUAUAAUCGCCAAUGUGGAGCCUGGAGCCUUUAACAAUCUCUUCAACUUGCGCUCCCUGAGGCUGAAAGGAAACCGUCUGAAGCUGGUCCCCCUCGGGGUGUUCACUGGGUUGUCAAACUUAACAAAGCUUGAUAUAAGUGAAAACAAGAUUGUCAUUUUGCUGGACUACAUGUUCCAAGAUUUGCAUAACCUAAAAACCCUGGAGGUUGGGGACAAUGAUUUGGUUUAUAUAUCACACAGGGCCUUUAGUGGACUGCUUAGCCUGGAGCAGCUCACCCUGGAGAGAUGCAAUCUCACGGCUGUACCAACAGAAGCUCUUUCCCACCUCCACAACCUCAUCAGUCUUCAUUUGAAACAGCUUAACAUCAACGCUUUGCCUGUGUAUGCCUUUAAAAGAUUGUUUCGCCUGAAAGACCUGGAGAUAGACUCCUGGCCACUCCUGGACAUGCUGCCUGCCAACAGCCUGUACGGUCUCAACCUGACUUUUCUCUCCAUCACCAACACCAACCUGUCCGCAGUACCUUACACUGCUUUUAAACAUCUGGUUUACCUGACACAUCUAAACUUGUCCUACAACCCCAUCAGCACCAUUGAGGCAGGAAUGCUUUCUGAUUUGGUACGUCUGCAGGAACUCCACAUGGUGGGGGCCCAGUUACGUACCAUCGAACCACAUGCUUUCCAAGGGCUCCGAUUCCUACGUGUGCUUAAUGUAUCCCAAAACCUGCUAGAAACCCUAGAAGAGAAUGUAUUUCAUUCCCCCAAAGCCCUUGAGAUCCUCUGCAUUAACAACAAUCCUCUGGCCUGUGACUGCCGUCUCCUUUGGAUUUUACAGAGGCAGCCCACUUUGCAGUUUGGAGGUCAGCCACCAAUGUGUGCUGGCCCAGACAGUGUCAAGGAGAGAUCAUUCAAAGAUUUUCACAGCACAGCCCUCUCCUUUUACUUCACCUGCAAGAAGCCCAGGAUACAAGACAAGAAGCUGCAAUACCUGGUCGUGGAGGAAGGGCAGACAGUGCAGCUGAUGUGCAAUGCUGACGGGGAUCCGCAGCCCACCAUAUCCUGGGUUACCCCACGUCGGAGGCUGAUCACAACCAAGUCAAAUGGAAGAGCCACUGUGCUGGGAGAUGGUACACUGGAGAUCCGAUUUGCUCAAGACCAGGACACUGGGAUCUAUGUUUGUAUUGCAAGUAACGCAGCUGGGAAUGACACCUAUUCGGCCUCCCUUACGGUAAAGGGGUUCACUUCAGACCGUUUCCUUUAUGCCAACAGGACCCCUAUGUAUAUGACAGACUCCAACGACACCAAUUCCAAUGGAACUAAUGCAAACACUUUCUCUCUGGACCUUAAGACAAUAUUGGUGUCCACAGCUAUGGGCUGCUUCACAUUCCUUGGAGUGGUUUUAUUUUGUUUCUUACUUCUUUUUGUGUGGAGCCGAGGGAAAGGCAAACACAAAACCAGCAUUGACCUUGAAUAUGUCCCUCGCAAAAACAAUGGUGCUGUAGUUGAAGGGGAGGUUUCUGGACCGCGAAGGUUCAAUAUGAAAAUGAUUUGAUGGUGUUCUGCUAGCAGUACUUUUUCUGUGGCAUUAUAACCAAUUAAACCAGCCUGGCAUGUGGAAUUGCUGGGUAAACGCAGCUUAAUGCAGCUGUCACUGUAUCAAAAGGUUAUGUGGAAAUCAAAAGACUCUUUCUGGUUGUACAGCAGAGCCUCCAGACCUUGAGGCAGAUAUGUCAGGGCCUUUCAUAGAACUGGUAAAUUGUACUAACUGUUUGCAUUGCAAAUAUUGGCAUUCUGGGGAUAUCAGCAAUGAACCGUUGGCUCAUGCUCAUGGACAAUUGUUCAACAUUUUCUACCACUACAAAAAGAAAAAGAAAAAGGAAAAAAAUAAGCCUACAGUGUAGGAUUAACAUACCUAAAGAAAAAGACACAUUUGUCGAAAGCAUACUCUACAGUGAAAUUUGUAUCUAUAGAUCUCAUUUGGUAAAGAGCCUUGCAUCAUACUUCUACUUGGUUCAACACCACAAAAAUUGGUAGUCCUUUUUUUUUUGUUUUUUUUUUUGUUGGUUUUUUUUUUUGUUUAUUUGUUUUUUUAAUAUACAUCUAUACUGUGUACAUUUUAAAGCAAUACAAAUGAGAGGUUGUGCUUUUAGAUAUCCACCAAUACUGACCCAAGUGUGAUGUCACCUCCCUUUUAACUACCAUCUAACUCAAAUUAGACUCCUGUAGUUACCAAUUAGAAAGCAACAUUAAAUAUUUUUCUCCUCAUGUAGAAGGCCAGAGAUGAAUAGUUGAGAGCAAAAAUGCUCAACUCUAUUGAUCUUCUCUUCAUAUAAAUAUAAGGCAUGUGCCUAGUUUUGAUACAGAAUGGAAUAUUUUUUAUAUCUGUGAUAUCACACUGGACCAGUUUACUGUAACACAGCCCUGGACUGCAUCCAGGGAAGGCAACCCACCAGAUACUGCUGGCGUAGAGGAGCUGAGUUCUUGAUUAGUGAGACUUGUUUUUUGUUAGCCCUGCUUUAAUUUCAAAGCUACUGUUAAAUUCUUAAAAUGUUAAUCUGUAUGGGGCAAAACUGCAAACUCCUUGGGAAAUAUGGUCAUCUUUCUAUUUGGAGGACUGAAUUAAAACAUACAAAAACAUUUCUGCAAAGAAUGAACUCUUCUCCAAUGCCAGUAAACUAGGGUUGUUCAUGCAUAAUAUGGGGAUUAUAAUACGAAAAUGUUUGGAACAUGAUAGCCUCAAAAAGGCUAACAUACUGCCAGAUAUAAUGAACCUCUAGCCACUGUCAUCUUCAUCUUGUAUAUUUGUAGAUAACACAUAAUCACAAAGCUAAUUUCCAAGAACAGAUUACUUAGCUAUUCUUGAUGCCAUUUUAAUAACUAUGUGGUUAUGUUUCUUUCAGGGGCAGUAUCUUAGAGCAAGAGGGGCAAGUUUCUUCAGGUUUUAGAAAGUAUUUUUAGUGGAGAGAAGACAGAAGUGGAAAGUUAGUUCAGGUCAAUUAAAUGCUUUUUGUUUUAUUCCUCUAAACAAAUCCUCAAAAGGCUCAGAACUAAAACUUUAUUCUUUAUUGUUGGUGCCACUGUUCUUAUUUUGAAACUCUCAGCAAUGGAGUUUUUCAGUGACCUCUCAAUUUUUUUAGCAGUUACAAGCCAUAGGUUUACUGCUAAGUGAUUAAUAACAAUUUAUAAGUAAUUGGAGUAAAUUAGAAUAAAGGUAAUAAUGACUGUGUAUGUGUUUAGCCAAAAAGAAUAUGAAAUUGUUGUAGAAUAGAACUUUCAGAUUAAUAUGAUUUAAGAGCCUAUUAGCAAUCUCAAAAUUAGAUUUCAGUGCUCUGAAGCUGAAGUCAGGCUGACCUGCAAUGAGAUGCUGGUGUUUCUAAAAGUACAAUCCAUACUUUUUGGCAGAGAUUUUCUAAGCAGGAUAAAAAUCUUCAACUGCUAUCAAGGGAAAUGUGCCAAAAGUUGUACAUCCAUCUGUGCUCCUCAGGUGUAUCAUCAGUAUAGCUAUAGGACCCAAGGUCAAGGCAGUGUUGAGAAUCUCUAUUCGUAGUGGCUGUUUUUUGGUUGCCUCGCUGCUGUUUUUUAGGUCACCCAGCUGAGGAAGAUGCAGGGGUUGUUAGAAUUUUUUUCACCUUACUUGCUUUGAGUUGGGUUUUGUAGCUUUCUUUUUUUGUGUGUGCGUGUGUUCUGAACUAGACAGCUAGAGAUUUAUGGAGAUGCUUGAGAGUAAUCCUCUUUGUUCUAUGAAAGUUUGUAAAACAUUAUUAUUAGACAGAAUAACCCCUGACUAAACGCUACCACUGGGGAAAUUGUUUUUACUGAUACAAUAACCACCGCACUGAAGCCCAAAACUCUAUUGUACCUUAAUGUGGGCAGUUAAAGAAACAAAUGGGGAUAAAACGAAGUGUUUCUGAACUGCCCAUUAAAGACAUUUGCAUGUGCCUUUCCCUUGUAAUUGUUAUUCUUCAAUUAGUAACCUAUUACCCCUGCAGGCAUUUCAUGUUAAACGUUAAAAUCAAUAUUAGAAGCAAAAAUUCUCCUCAAUUCUGGACAGUUGCAGCAGAUUAUUUCAUAUUAAAUGUCACAAUAAAACAACAAGAAUAGCAACAAAAACUUGAAAAAAAAAUUAGCAAAAAUGUGCUUUUAGGGUUAAUUAUGAGAGGCUGAAUUCCCCUCUAUCCUCUAGAAUGAUUCUAAAAAGUGAUUGCAUUAUUAGUGUACUGCAAAGAUUUCUGAGCAUUAACACGCUAAGUGAAAUAUGUCUUGGUGAUGGAAAUUACUGCUUGCUCUUUCAGAGCACUGCCUUGCAGAGCUGUCAGCAUUGUGUGUAUUGCCCUGAGUUCAGUCAGUAUACAGGUUGUUUUUAAAAACCAGUGUUUGCUCUCUGCUUCUAGCAUUGUUCUACUUUUUGUAGCCUGCUGAUUUCACCGUGGACUUGACAAAGCCUAUGGCCCCUCCCAGAGAAAACGAGAAGAGUAAGAGUAAGUGGGACAGGCUUAUAUCUUGCUUCAGAUAUUUGUGUAUGUAUUCCUGGGACACAGACUCACUGUGAGGGAAUGCAGUGCUGAGAUCAGACCUAGACAACCACCCUUUUGGCAAUUUUUUUUUAUUUUUAUUUUUAAUAUAUAAUAAAAGGACAGUAGCUGACUGCACACAUGCUCUGCCUUUUACUUGCUCCCAGUCACUUCUCUGUCUGCUUGAGAGAUCAAGGAAACUGCAGUUUCCCUUACUGCAAGGAAGUAUCAUACUGGAGGAAAAGAAUCAGGCUGCAAAGAGACACCUGUCACACAUGGCUCCCCUGUCAUUUAUUUGGAGGCAGGCAGACAGUGCAUACCUAUCACUACAAGAGGGAACAAAGAUGUUUUCCCUCCUUCUGCUUUGUGUGGUGGCUUUGUAUGGCCACACCUGGUCUUCUCUGGUGGUCAGCACAAGAAGACUGAGCAGCAGUAGUUCUGCAGAAAGAGAGACAACAAAAAUGCAGAAACCAGCAGAGCUAUUUAAGAAAGCAGGUACACCAUUAUCUUUGUCAACACAGCUUGUAAGAUCUGGGCUGAAGUAUUGCCUAUUAAUGUGUUGGGAAAUCCAUUUCCACAGACCAAUGCUCCAUUCUUCUCUUUCAUAAUGUACAGGUCCUUGUCCUUUCCAAGAGUGGAAAGAGGACCCUACAGGCAAUGUCUUGGGGAAGGAGUCUACAAUGAUAAAGGGGGAAUGAAGAAUAACCAGUGCCCUAGCCUAGCUAUAUAGAGAUUUGGGACUGGUUUUCAAUUUUUUUUCCUUCCUUCUUUCACAUUAACUUGGGACCGUUCUUCUCAGAAAGGCUUAGCUUGAGACAUCACCUUGGUUAGAUACAGAUGGAAGAGACUGCUUUUACUGUCUGUUCUACCCUCCCUCACUAUUCACACAUACUCUUAGUGUCAACACAGCCAGGAGAUUCUUAGACCCUAGAGAGCUGUUGAUAUAAUCUGAUUUUUUAAUUAAACACUUUUUAAUGAAGAAGAGCUCACUUGAUGUCAUUGACACACUACCAUUCAAGUUUUCUUUUAUUUUUGAUUUUCCUUAUUUCUUGCAGCAUGGUAUUGCAUGGUGGUAGCAACGAUAUUGUCAUUAAGGAAAAUAAGAAAGCCAAAUUGCACACUCAGUUCACCAAAUUUAGUCAAGGUACACGAGACACAGUAGGAAAGUCAGCAUUAAUUUAUAAUUCAAAUUCACACUUAAAUGUUGUGAUUGGAGAAGAAAGUGGUAUAGAGGAAACAUGGAAUGUAGGCCAUGUUGCACAUGAAGCACAUCAAAGAUACAUAUCAAAUCAACUUUCCUACGUGACACCUACACAUCUGUUUUAAGCAUUGGACUUUUCCAGAAAGAAAACAGCAGUAUGUGGGAAUGCUAGAAGCCCACAUUUAACCCACAAAAAUAUGAAGCAUUGGUUGAAAAUCCACAAGAACAAUUAGCUUCUGGCUGCCCAGCUGCAACAGUGCAUUAUAGGAAAGACAGGUAAGAAACUGCAGUCAGUAGUCAUUUUUGUCUCAUGUGCUACAUCAUCUUGUUUAAAAAGGUCCAUUAGACAGUAAUAAAAUGAGAAUUUUUAUUUUUUUAACCAAAAAUAGAAACAUUUGUGUGGUAGGACAGAGUUUCACUUUUUUUUACAGCAGUAGGACACAGCAAGAAGUGAGAAGGGGAAGCCUAUUUUGUCUUUAUUACUUAAUGUUUUGUCUUUGUUACUUAAUGUUUUUCCUCUGAGUGAUCCCAGUUUGCAAUGGGCUAGCAUGAUGACUGCUCUGCCUAUUCCCAUCUUCUUUGUUCAAAAUGUGUCUUGACAUGGAGUUGCAAGAAAAGGAGUACUGUCAAGCUGUCCCUCCUCCGCCAGCUGUAUCACUUGUCUUCUCAAACACAUGAACCUGCAUAGCAGUAGUGCUUUAGGAGUCAAAGUCCACUGCAGCUGAUCUCUAGUCUUACCCUAAGAAAGACAAGGUAUGGGCUGGCACUGGAUACAUGCAUUCUGAUUUGGUUUCAGUGGCCUAAAUGGUAGCCCUUCAUGCUGAAAAGAUGUAGGAGAGAGCUAAGGAAGGAAGAAGUAAAAAACAAUUUCAUACAGUAAUUUAAAUGUUAAAUAACAUUUAAAGGAGGAGUAAAAGGAGCAUCUUUCAAAGAAUGAAAGGGCCUGAAUACUGGAGAAUAACUGAAACAAUGAAUGAGAUUUUUCAAGUUAGCUAAGCAGUUUGGAUACCCUAUCAUUACAGGUUCCUAUCACCUGUAAUGAGAAUUACAAACUCAGUUUCCCUAGGCAUCUUUGAAAAAUCCCAACUGGUUUGGUGAUAUGUGCUUCUUUUGUUUUCUAGCUCUGCCCUCCCCUCUUCUCAGUUGCAAAUGAAAAUAAUCCCAAAUGAAGAUCUUUGGAUUCAGUUAAGUUUCACUGUAUGCUCAUGUGCUUUUUGGAAUCUAGAUCUCAAAGCACAAUCUUAAAUGCUCUUCAAACCAAAAACAAUCCUAAAAAAGGAUGAAGCUUGGAUAAGCCUCUUCCUGCAAAUGAAAUAAACAAGUGUCUGUGAGGUUCUUGCUAUUGCUACUGAGAUAGCUACAUGCCAAAAGCAAUCUGCAAAUUGAAUGACUCUGAGUCUUUCUUUUCUUUUUCUUUUCAUUUUGUUUUGGUUUGUUUUUUUAACUGGAAGCAGGUGGUCGAAGAUAAGGCCAGCUGGAAAUAGAAAUCUUUAUUUAUACCCUCAGCAGAAUAAAGAGCUGGCAUAGGCAAGAAAAUUCUUGUUUCAACUUAAGGACACUUUAUCCUUCAUAUUCAAAUAGCUUACAGAAGAGUACAAAAAAGCAGACUUUUACCUCGUAAUUUCAUUACUUGUGUUUGUUUGAACUGGCACCAAAAUUGUCAUGAAACAGAAGUGUUGGAGCAAGAGACUAAAACUAGAUUCUCUACUCUAGUGAGGCAGUAUGUAUCAGGAGAAAUCCCCUCAACAUCCGUUAUGUGACUUCGUGUUUACACUAGAAAUUUGAUAGAGGAAUAUAGAUUUUUUGCUCAUUAUGAAGGGGCUACAGUGGGAAAUAAGCAGAAUUUAUGUUUUAAUUAAUUCUCACCUUGUGGCAUAGCUUCUGUUCUGGAUUGCUUUAAUAUUUGUCACUGUUAAUUGAGCUGGAGAAUUAGAAAUAUAGAUUCUGGGAAGAAAAAAAGUAAAAGAAAGUCUGCCUACUUCUAUUUGUGGUAUCUGCAAGUCAGCAACACUACCUGCUCUCACAUAAGCCAAGAAUGAGUUGAGGUUUCAAGGCAGCUAUGAAGAUGGUUGUCAACUUGUACAGUUAAUAAUUUUCACUUUCCAGAAAGCAAAAAUUUUAUGGCUUCUUAAGGCAUUCAUUUAUGUCAUUUUGAACCUUAAAAACAACACUUGGUCCUCAUGACACUGGGCACUGUAUAAAUAGGUAGUAAAUGACAAUAGUGAUCUGGUGAGCUUACAGCCUUAUAUGUAGGAAAAUGGCUUAUGGGCAAGUACAUAACGAUAGCAAGUCUGUCAUUUGUUGAGGAGGGAAUGCCAUAGUGCAUAAAUAUUAGAAUAUCAUCACAGUUACUGAAAUCUAUUUGCAAGCACAUGUAGUUCAUAUGUAUAUGUUGUGUGUGAAAAAAAAAAGUUAUAUUUGUUUUGUUCUUUUUCUUACUUCAAGUAUUAAAUGUAUAUUGUUUUUAA